AUGUACCACGUCAUUAACUUUAAUUUAAACUUCAAAGUACAUCAAAACCAAAAAAUGUAUAAUAUUUUUUUAAUAAAACUAACUAUUUCAAAUAAUGAUGAUGCCCUAGACAAACUAAAAAUUCAUAAAAAAAAUACAAACUUUAUGGUACAUCAUAUUUUCCUUUCAGGUUCUGUUGGAGUUGGAAAAUCAACUAUAUUGAAAGAGCUUGUUUCUUUGUUAAGGAAUGACUUUAGGAUAUAUCAGAUGAAAGAGUAUAUAGAUAUUGAUACCAAUGGCAUAUCUCGCUUAAAAGAAUUCCAAGAUGGGAAACUUUCGAAGUACUCAUUUCAUAAAUAUAUAAUAAGUUGGUACAAACAACAAGCAAAAAAUUCUGAAUUUACUUCAGCUGAAAUAGUACUAUGGGAACGCCAUCCAAUUGAAGCACUUGAAAUCUUUUGCAGUGGAACAGAGGGUAUAACUGAAAUAGAAAAAGAGGAUCUUAACACUGAAAUUGUUGAAUUUUGCAAAGAAUAUGCAAUACCAAUAGCUCAUAAAGGGUGCUGUAAAGUGAAGAUGUUGGAUACCGCUAAUGAGUCAGUAAAUAUCUUAGUGGAAACCAUUUAUGCCAAUUCUAUUGCUCAGAUUAGAGUAGGUGAAUAUCUAUUUAGUUGUACAUUCUUCUUAUAUUGUUCAGAUAUUGAAUUACAGUAUAAACGCAUUAUUGGUAGGGGGAGAGAUUCUGAAAUCUCAUUCUAUAUGAAUAGAAAAAACCUUUCUUGGAUCAACAGAAAAUAUUUUGAUUAUUUCGCUGAGAUUGUGAAUCAAGUUAAUUGA